AUGUCUUUUACAUCACGUCUCCUUUACAAACAUAUAGCGAGUGACCAACCUUGGUCAGCCGUCUAUUUUAGUUCGGCGAGGUGUCGGUAUUAUUCCAAGGGUUUUAUACAAAGUCUCAUCGAUAAAGUUAAAGAAGAAUCAAGCAAAGACACAGAGUUAAAAGAAAAUAUCAGAAAGUUUCGUGAAGAAACAGCGAAAUUGGAACAAACAAAGGAAUUACGCUCUGUCCGGGAAUUUUAUAAAAAGAUAGAGAAAGAAAUGCCAGCCGAUACUGUAGGAAAAGUACGAGACACUUUCCAAUCUGUUAAGAGCAAAAUCCGUAAUGAUGCUCAACAAUUUGCUCAAAACGAAACACUGAGAAAGGGUGUUGAAAAUUUAUCAAAAGCCAGUGAGCAUGUUAAGGAUGCCACUAAAUCACUUAGUGAAACAGAGUUCAUCAAGGCUGCUAUAAAAGGUGUUGAAGUAGUUGGGAAGGAGUUAGAAUCAGAAAGGUUUCAAAUGUAUCAAGCGCCAAGUAUUUUAAAAACAAGAAGUGAGAUCUCUGGCAAAGGUGAGGAACGCGCAAUACAACCAGAUAGUGAAAGUUCUGGUGUUGUCGUGCACAAAGAUUCAAAAUGGUUCACUGCUUGGCAAGAUUUCAAGGAAAAUAAUCAGUACGUUCAAAGAUUUUUUGAUUUGAAAGCCCACUAUGAAGAGAGUGAUCAUUUAGUUAUUCGGUCAUUACGAUUUGUAACUGAUAAACUAUCAAAUAUAUUCGGUGGCUUGAAAUCAACAAAUGAUUUACAACAGGUGCUAGAUGAAAUCACAAAAAUGGACCCUUCUUUUGAUUUGGAGUCGUUUAUACGUUAUUGCCGAUUUAUCGUUAUUCCGAAUGUACUUGAGGCCAUAGUAAGGGGCGACUUACGUAUUCUCCAGGAUUGGUGUCACGAAGCCCCAUAUAAUGUGUUGGCAACACCUUUGAAUCAGAUUAAAGAACUUGGGUAUAUUUCUGAAUCUCGCAUACUGGAUGUACAUAAUGUUGAUGUUCAAAUGGGCAAAAUGAUGGAGCAAGGACCAGUGCUGAUAAUUACAUUCCAAGCACAACAGAUAAAUUGUAUUCGUGACAAAAACAGAAAUCUACAUGAAGGUGAUCCAAAUAAAGUAUUACGUGUGACAAAUGUUUGGGCUUUGUGUCGUGAUCAAAGUGAAAUGAAUCCACUAGCAGCGUGGCGUGUGUUAGAUAUUGCCAUGAUGCCAUCUGAACAAUGGAUGUGA